AUGGCGCCCAAUAUGUCUCUCUUUUCUGUCCAGGCGAUAAUUAUCCUCGGGACCGAGGACGGAAACCGCAUUUUCGCCAAGUACUUCAAUGCCCCUCAUCCAACCGCAGCUUCACAUGGCCAAUCUGUGUCGCCGUCGACCAAUCCAUACCCGGACGUGAAGGCCCAAAAAGCAUUCGAGAAGGGCCUCCUGGAGAAGACAGCUAAGCAGACAGCCGAUAUCAUAUUAUACGACAAUAGAAUAGUCUUGUACAAGUGCGAGUCGGAUAUUAUGAUGUACGUAGUGGGAGGAAUGGAGGAGAAUGAGAUCAUGCUCUACAAUGUCGUCUUGGCCCUCCGCGACUCACUACACUUGCUAUUCAAGCAAUCUGUCGACAAGCGUACAAUCAUCGAGAACUACGACCUGGUGUCCCUCGCGAUCGAUGAGAUUGUUGACGACGGAAUCAUCCUCGAGACCGAUCCCCUUAUCAUCACGACCCGUGUCAGCAGGGCGCCGGCGCAAGACGUCGCGCAGUUGAAGGGCAUUGAUCUCAGCGAGCAGGGCAUGAAUAACCUGGCACAGUUCGGAAAGGCUAAGCUGGGGGAUUGGUUAAGGCAAGGCCUGUAA